UUUCCCACUUUUUUGGGCAUUUUAUGGCUGGUGCAACUUAUACUCUGGUGCGACUUAUAGUCCGAAAAUUACGGUAAUAAAAAAAGACCCAACAGAAGACAAGAAAAAUAAACUCAAAGCAUUACUCAAACCACUACUCAUGGAAAAUAAAAUAGACAAACAGGCAUACAAUCACCUAAUACCCACAGCAAACAUCAUCCCCAGAAUCUAUGGCACACCAAAAAUCCAUAAACCAGCUACACCUCUCCGCCCCAUCGUGGACAGCAUAGGGUCAGUCACAUACAACCUUUCAAAAGCACUCACAGAAAUAAUAAAACCACUACUAGGACACAUGGAUCAACACUGCAAGAACUCGAAACAACUCGCCACAGAACUCACACACAUAAAAAAGUACAGAAAGACGAAAUGUUCAUAUCACACGACGUCAUUUCACGCUUCACAAAAACGCCCACACGGCCCACCAUACACAUAGACAGACUAUCAGCAGACAGGACACUCAAGAAACGCACAACUCUAACAGCACAGGACAUCACCCAACUACUUCAUUUCAUCGCCACCUCCACAUACUUUCAAUACGGAAACACAAUCUACAGGCAAAAAGAGGGAUUCCCCAAGGGAGACCCUCUUUCUGCCAUCAUGUGCAAUUUUUUUUAUGGAGGAUUUAGAACAGAAGGCACUCUUAACAGGCCCGGACACAUACAAACCCACGCUAUGGAGACGUUACGUCGACGACAUUCUGGAAAAAACAAAAACAGGACAUACACAACACCUCACAGACCAUCUCAACACCACAGACACCAGCGGCAACAUCAAAUUCACUCAUGAAGAAGAAACAGAUCGAUCCAUAGCCCUUUUAGACAUCAACAUACACCACACAGACAACGGAGACAUAAAAACAAAAGUACACAGAAAACCCACACACACCGACCAAUACCUCCUCUGGACAUCAGAACAUCCCACUAUACACAAACUGUCAGUAGUCAGAACACGGAUCCGGAGGACACAACACAGGAAGAAAAAUACAUACAACACGCACUCAAAAAGUGUCAGUAUCCACAAUGGGCAAUAACCAAAGGUGCAGAACAGGUAAAAAACAAAAAAUACAAAACACAGGAGGAAAGAAAGAAAGAAAGAAACACGGAAACAAGAACCCAGUGGAAUGGUGAAGUAUGUGAGAGGAAUUACGGAACGCAUCAAAAGAGCCAUGAAAAAAUACAACAUAAGCACGCCUAUCAAACCACGUACAACACUCCGUCAGAUACUGGUCCACCCAAAAGACAGAGUCAAUCGGGAAAAUAAAUGCAAUUCCAUAUACGAGAUUCCAUGCAAAUCAUGCAAUAAAUCAUAUAUCGGGGAGACAGGGAGGAAGUUCAUCACAAGAAAAACGGAACACAAGAAGGAAUGUGAGAAGGAGACAGCAACGAGACAAACAAGAGCAAUAAAACUACAAGCAGAACAGGAACACUACAAGUCAGCCAUUACCGACCACUGUAAAAGAGAAAAACACAUCAUGGACUGGGAAAAGGCCAGAGUCAUCCGCACUGAAGAAAACAAACAUCAGCGUUGGAUCAGGGAGGCCAUUGAGAUCCGCAAGCGGGGCACAAUCACAUCAGUGACACUCUGAUGAAGGCGGAAGAACCCGCCGAAACAUGUCAGUUGUUCGAUUUCAGUGUGACGCCCUAAGCGAGAUAUUCGAUGCUGCCUUCAUCAGAUCUGAUGAAGGCGGAAGAACCCGCCGAAACAUGUCAGACUGCAGUAGUCUCUGAAUGCUUCCAAAACUUCCUCCAUCGUUGCUUCCUCCCCUCCUGGGAAGCAAGCUGGAAACGCUGCGGCAGUUUUCAGCGAGGUUUCCCGGCGAACCUCGCACACGAACUCCCCAGAUACAGACAGCACGUAACGUGUCCCACCAGAGGGGCACAGACUCCGGACCACUGCUACACCAUGAUCAAGGAUGCAUACCACUCUGCGGCUCGUGCAGCUUUAGGACUCUCGGACCACUGUUUAGUUCAUCUGAUCCCGGCCUACAGGCAGAAACUAAAAACUUCCAAGCCUGUGGUGAGGACUGUGAGGAAGUGGACAGUGGAGUCAAGGCAGGACCUCCAAGCCUGCUUUGACUGCACCGAUCGGGGAGUUUUUGAAGCUGCAACUUCAGACUUGCAUGACCUUACUGACACUGUCACAUCAUACAUCAGUUUUUGUGAGGAUCUGUGUGUGCAGACUAAGACCUUCUGCACGAACAACAAGGACAAACCUUGGUUUACACCGAACCUCAGGAGGCUGCGCAAAAUCAAGGAGGAGGCCUACAGGAUCUUCGGCCGCGACCUGUUCAGGCAGACCAGAAACACACUGAACCGAGAGGUCAGGAAAGCCAGGAGGUGUUACGGGGAGAACCUGAAGAGACACCUCUCUGCCAAUCCUGAUCCCUCAACAGUGUGGAAAGAGGAGGAAGUGCGCCAGAUGUUCCGGAGACAAAAGACCAGGAAGGCACCGGGCCCAGACGGCGUGUCACCUUCCUGCUUGAAAAUCUGCGCUGAGCAGCUGGCGCCCACCUUUGCACGGAUCUUCAACCGUUCUCUGGAGCUGUGUGAGGUGCCCUCGUGCUUCAAGAGCUCCACCAUCGUUCCAGUGGCCAAGAAGCCCGCCAUCAUAGGUUUGAAUGACUACAGACCUGUCGCACUGACAUCUGUGGUCAUGAAAUAUUUCGAGAGGUUAGUCCUGAACCACCUGAAGGAUGCAGAUGACACCACUCUCAUCGGACUGAUCCAGGACGGUGAUGAGACUGCGUACAGACAGGAGUUGGAGCGGCUGGUCCACUGGUGCAGCCAAAACCACCUGGAGCUGAACCCGCUCAAGACCGUGGAGAUGACAGUGGACUUCAGGCGAGACCCUUCACCACUUUUACCCCUCACUAUCCGCAGUAAUACUAUUCUCUCCACAGACACCUUCAAGUUCCUGGGAACCACAAUCUCUCAGGACCUGAAAUGGACCGGCCACAUAAACUCUGUCCGGAAGAAGGCCCAGCAGAGGCUGUACUUCCUGAGACAGCUCAAGAAGUUCAACCUGCUGUGAGAGCUUCUGAAGACCUUCUACACUGCCAUCAUCCAGUCUGUCCUCUGCACCUCCAUCACUGUCUGGUUUGGAUCGGCCUCCAAACAAGACAAACGCAGACUGCAACGGAGAAUCAGGACUGCAGAAAAGAUCAUUGGAAUCAACCUCCCAUCUAUCCAAGACUUGUACCGGUCCAGGACCAGGAAACGUGCAAGGGACAUCUCUAGAGACCCUUCUCACCCAGGUUGGAGUCUGUUUGAACUACUCCCCUCCGGACGGCGUUCUAGAGCUCGGUACGCCAAAACCAGCAGACACAGAGACAGCUUCUUCCCCCAGGCUGUUGCUCUGAUGAACUCAAACCACUCAUAGAGUCUCAGAGUCAUUACUGUGCAAUAACAUCCUGCUCUUCACACCUUUUUGAAUUUGUCUACACUGUUUUUGCCAUAAUUCACAUGUCCUGAGUGUUGUUAGUCACCUAAAUGUUGAACAGAGGGUGUGUUUUACCGAAGUCAAAUUCCUUGUUUGGCACACUCAAACAUGGCGAAUAAAAACUCUUGAAUCUUGAAAAAA